CACACACACACACACACACACACACACACACACACACACGGUGGUGGACAGCCUCUACGCCUCGAUGUGGGCUCGGGGACGGCGGAUAUCGUGGAGAUAAUGGAUUAAUAAUCGAUACACGGACCGAGCGCGGGUUUUUUCUUUUUCUCUGAAAGACAGGGUUUGAUAAAUGAAAAAAAGAACGCUCCCCUCGCCAUGGAGAACCAAGCGGGAGAGCAGCAGAGCUACGAAGACGUGCAGAAAAGCGGGUACCUCCGCAAGCAUAAAUCGAUGCACCGGCGGUUCUUCGUGCUGAGGGCGGCUUCGGAGCAGGGUCCGGCGCGCCUUGAGUACUACGAGAACGAAAAGAAAUUCCGUAGUAAAUCCCCGGUCCCCAAGAAGACCCUGAACCUGGAGACGUGCUUCAACAUCAACAAGCGGGCGGAUUCCAAGAACAAGCACAUGAUCGUGCUGUACACCCGCAGCGAGAGCUUCGCUAUCGCCGCAGACACCGAGGAGGUGCAAGACGAGUGGUACCAGGCCAUGCUGGACCUCCAGUGUAAUUUUAAAGCCCCUGACGACUGGGGCAGCAGCGGCGAGUGCAGCUCCCCCUCCCCGGUGCCCACCUUCAAGGAGGUGUGGCAGGUCAAGGUGUGGCCCAAGGGCCUGGGCCACGCCAGGAACCUGGUGGGCAUCUACCGGCUGUGCCUGACCGACAAGACGGUCAACUUCGUCAAGCUCAACUCCGAGGUGGCCUCCGUGGUGCUGCAGCUCAUGAACGUGCGCCGCUGCGGCCACUCGGAGAACUUCUUCUUCAUCGAGGUGGGCCGCUCGGCCGUCACGGGCCCGGGGGAGUUCUGGAUGCAGGUGGAGGACUCGGUGGUGGCGCAGCACAUGCACGAGACGCUGCUGGAGGCCAUGAAGGCGCUCAGCGAGGAGUUCCGGCAGCGCAGCAAGUCCCAGUCGGUGGGCACGUCGUGCGGCGGCGGCACGGCCUCCAACCCCAUCAGCGCCCCCAGCCGCCGCCACCACCCCAACCUGCCCCCCAGCCAGGUGGGCUUCUCCCGCCGGGCCCGCACCGAGACCCCGGGCACGGGGGGCAGCAGCACCAGCACCUCCCCCACGUCCCGCCACGGCUUCCCCAGGGCGCGCACCGCCAGCAUCGGGGCGCGGUCGGAGGAGGGCGGGGCCUGCGGCAAGGGCACGUGGGCCAGCUCCAGCCCGAGCCUCAACAGCUCCUGCUCCACCACGCCCACGCUGAGGCCCAAGCCCACCCGGGCCCCCACGCCCGCCAAGAUCACCCUCAGCCUGGCCCGGUACACGCCCAACCCCACGCCCUCCCCGGCCCCCAGCCUGUCCUCCAGCUCCGGCCACGGCUCAGAGUGCGGCCUGAUCGGGGCGGCGGCGGGGGGGAUGGCCAUCUGCUCGUACCCCCGGGCCCCUCAGAGGGUCUCCGUCUCGGGGUCCCCCAGCGACUACGGCUCCUCGGACGAGUACGGCUCCAGCCCCGGCGAGCACUCCCUCGCGGUGCCCCACCUGCCCGGCACGUCGCACUUCGGCAUCGGCGGCCACCUCGGGCACGGCGAGGGCCCCGCCAGCUACCUCGUCAUGGGCCACCGGGAGGGGCUCCUGGCCUCGGGCCACCGCUCCAAGGGCCGGCGGAUCCUGCGGCGCUCCUCGGGCCGGGAGUGCGAGGCCGAGCGCCGGCUGCUGAGCAAGAGGGCGUCGCUGCCCUCGGCCGCCGCCCGCGACCGCCUCGGGCCGCGCCGGAAGGACGAGGACGACGAGGACGACGAGGAGUACGCCGUCAUGUGCCGCAGCCCCAACGACACGACGGACCGGCCGCCCGGCCCGGGGGAGGGGGGCCGCCCGGGCGGGGGCGGGGGAGGGGGGCCGGCGGGGGACGCGUCGUCGUCGGGGGAGGCGAGGAAGAGCGGCGGCGGGGUCGGCCGAGGGGACGGCGAGGCCGGCGGCUACAUGGCCAUGGUCCCCGGCGGAGCGGCGUCCCCGCCGGGCUCCCUCGCUCUCGCGGCGGCGGCGGCGGCGGGCGCGGCCGGCGGCGGCGCCAAGCCCGCGGCCGCCGACGAGUACAUGGCCAUGACGCCCAACAACAGCGCGUCGUCCCCGCAGCCCAUCCCCCCGCCGGGCGCCGAGGGCUACAUGCUCAUGUCCCCCAACGGCGGCUCCUCCGACCUCCAGGGGCUGGUGGCCUGGGGGAGCCGCUCCAGCGUGGAGAGCCGCCCGGCCAGCGACUACAUGAACGUCUCCCCCGGCAGCAGCCGCUCGGCCUGCAGCACGCCCCCCUCCCACCCGGAGCAGCACCCCCUGCAGCCCAAGAUGUUCAACUCCUACUUCUCCCUGCCCAGGGCGUACCAACACACCCUCUACACCCGCUUCGAGGACGACCUGAGCCAGGGCCAGGGCGGCGAGGGCGGAGCCGGCCACGAAGCAGGGGGAGGAGGGGGAGGAGGGACAUACAGCAAGAGGAACAAGAUGGCGGCAGGUCCCGCAGGAAGCCGUCCUCUGUCCCUGUCCUCCUCCUCCUUCUCCUCCAGCUCGGCCAGCAGUGAGAGCCUGGAGGACAAGUCCCUGGUGGCGGGGCGGGGGUUGAGUGUGUUGCGAGCGGGCGGAGCAUGUGCCAAAGACGGACGCCACGCGAGGAGCGCGUCGGGCGGUAAGGGCUCACAGCAGGGGAGGAGGAGCCGGCCCCCCGGCGCGUCCUCGGACAUGGCCAAGGCCAACACCCUACCGAGGGCCAGGGAGAACCUGCAGCCCUCCGUCGCUCACAGCGUGGGCGAGUACGUCAGCAUCCAGUACGGCGAGGACGGAGAGUGCAACGGACGGCGUCGCUCGGCGUCCCGGCACGGUCAGGCGGUCCACGGCCCCCUCGGGCCCCUGGACCGCUCGGUCCUCUGUCGGGACAGCCCCACCAACCUCUCGCGCAGCUUCUCGGCGCCACUGUCCGCCUCUGCUGAGUACGUCAGCAUGGAGGUGGGGAGGUCCUCUGCGUCCCCGCGGACCCCUGCCCGCUCCAAGUUCACCACCCCGCCCGCGGCCUCCCCCAAGUCCAGAGACGGUCGCAGUGCUAAGUCCUCGCCCCUUGCAGCAGAAGGCCACAGCAGUUACAGAACAAGCGCUGCCCUCCCAACGGACACCCCCAAAGGGCCAGAUCCUCCUAGUAAGCGUUCUUCUUCUAACACCGCGGCCAGACCCCAAGCUCACUCUGGCCAACUGCCGUUCCAGCCGGACCCUAGCCUCGGUUUCUCCCCGAUCGAGUCGUUCUCGUCUCCCGGCCGGAGCGGCCGACUGGCGCGAGGUGACUCCCAGGGUCUGAGGAGCCCACGUGCAGGCGAGGCGUUUGGGCCUACUCCUUCAAUGUCUUCUCUGAGCGCACUCUACCCGGAGGCUGGCCAGUCCGCGGCCCAUCUGUCGGCCUGGGACUGCUCGUCAUGGGAGGGCGGGCAGGCGGCUGGGUCCGCGGUGGCGCCAGCCCAAGCUGACUCCUUUACUGCUGAACCAGGCCUGAACUACGUUGACCUUGACCUGGCCAUGGCGGAGAGCCCCCAGGCCGGGGUAGAGCAUGCCCUGGCCCCUUACAACAUGGCAGCGAGUGGCCUGGGCAGCUCCGCUGGUGCCAGUCUCAACACCUAUGCCAGUAUUGACUUCUACAAGUCUGAGGAACUGAGGGGACAUCAGACCAGUAGGAAAGAUAUUCAAGAUUGUUAGCGUUCCUCCAGGUUUUCAAACUGUGCUCCUGCUAGGUCUCAGACCGAACCUGCUCUCAGCCUGCUAAGGACCCGAGAGCCACAGUAGGCCUAUUCUUCGUUUCUCCAAAUGUCUCAACACCAGAACAGUCUACUCCAAGUCGAUCUCUUUUGAGCAUGGAUGCUUCCCAUCUCAUGUUUUGCUUACCCAGACGUGUGCCAAAAGUCCACAGCUCUCUUUACAAACAAUUCUCUUCAGCGAAAGAAAACAAACAUCAGCCCUACCAGGAGAAAAACUCUUUGUUUUGGCAGCAGGUUUAUGAAUAUCUUUUUUUAUUUUUCAAUUUUGCCAAAUAGUAUUCCAACAUAGAUUAGGCCGAAAAACCCAUUGGUGUGUCCAAAUAUUUGUAUUGUACAAUACUGAUAAAAAACAACAACAUAAUUUUGUCUAAUCCCCCCGCACAACUCAACUCAAAUCCAAUGAUACUCAAUUUCUCAAGCAAUUUUACGAUUGAAAUGCCUUUUUCAGUUGCAGAAACACAUAGUUUACACACCUGGACUCUUUACUUGAAUACACAGAACCUUCAUAACAAAUUACCUUUGGAAUCAUUUAGAGGCGUCAACCUGUUAAUAUUAUUGGUGCAGUACCUUUUCUGCAUAGAGACACUGAUGAAUGCAUAUGAUUUCAACAAUAUUAUUAAUCAUUUAUACACACUACUCUUUCUUUACGUCUUAAGUUUAUAGGUAAGAGAGGUAAAAAAAAAAAGACUUACUAAUAAAGAACGAUUUAUAAUUGUUUUGUAUGGUGCACAAACAACAACACACACACACACACACACACACACACACACACACACACACACACACACACACACACACACACACACACACACACACACACACAUACCUACAGACAACAUAAACUUGUAUAAUGUUAAACUAUUUAUUUGUGCCAAAAAUACUUCAAAAUACAUUGAUCGAAUGAGAUUCAUAAUUUCGUAAGGUAACGAUCGCAUUCGUAAAUAAACCCAACAGUUGCAUUUUGCUUUCUCCCAAGCCAAAACCGUAAAACAAAUUAUAUAUCUAUCUACCCAGUGAACCCUUGUCACACAUAAUGCACACAUAAACAAGAUGAAAACCCAUUUGAUGAUUAAACCUUUUAGCAAACCAAUAAAAGCUGUAAUUAUAGUUGAUCAAUUAUUCAGUUCACCUCAGUCAGUACAAGUUCCAAAUACAACAAGCUGAUUAUUAAAAGCGGUUUGUAUUCCUCAUAGUCUUGUGAGAAACAGAACUGUAAAUAUACCAAAAUAAAAUACUCAAUAGAAUUAUUAUAUUGGUAAAGAAAUGUUUUCAACAACUUUGACCUUGAAUCUUGUAAAACUACAAGAUUCAUUAAUUCCGAGUUAAAAGAAGACGAAGACGAAGGAAGAGGUUCUAAAUUGGAUUGUUGACGAUUUGGUUCAUACCAUUUUUUUUUUAAUUUCUUUGAAGAUUGGAAAGAGAUUAGACACACAAAUUUGUGAGAUCACUGUGGGGGAUUUUGAGGCACAACUACUGUUGCAUAAUACAUAACCAGACAUUUGUAUUGUGCUUUGAGACAUACCUGUAUAUUUUACUGAAGUAUAAGCUAUAGCUUAAUCUACAAUAGCUUUUGUACGAAACAUCGUAGAUACUGUAGUUUGUUUUUACAUUUGCAUUACAGUAAACACAGUUGUAAUAUAAAAUAAUACAUUUCCAAUGGAAUAUAAGAAAAUAAUAUACAUAUAAAACGCGUCAUACUAUUUAGUCUUCAUAUCUAUUUACUCUUAUAAAGUGCCUAAUUUCUGAUUGUAGCUGAUCGUACACAGAUUACAGUACUUCAAUCGUAGUUUUACAGAACACAGAACAGAGAGCUAGCUAUUAGUCAAACAGUGAUCAGAUUGCCUUACUGUGUUUGCCAUGAAUCCACUUCCACAUUUUACUUUAUGCCGUGCCUAACACUUCAGCCAAAAUGUAAGCACUCACCCACCUCUGUUUGGCUUCAUCUAGCUGAAGUUUGGCCUAAAAAUUCUCUCUCUCUCUCUCUCUCUCUCUCUCUCUCUCUCUCUCUCUCUCUCUCUCUCUCUAACUCUCUCAAUAUAUAUAUAAUUUGUAUUUUUUUUUACUUUUCUUUCAUCUAUCUUCCUGUGCGCUGCUGUUUGCUUUCCAUCACAUUAACCUUUGGUGCUCUGAGAUAAUUGCCAAAAAACAAAUCAAACUCUGAAGCAUAAAUCUAGUCAUAGGUUGGAUUUUUUUUUUCAAAACUAUGAUAUAGCCUUGUUUCAUAUUUCAGCAAAGACUAAGUAGUUUGACUCAUAGAAAAUAACUUGUGCAUUACAAUGACAGAGGUGCUGCUUAAAUGAGUUUGGUCAGUUUUUAGACAAAAGCACUAUAUAUGCUAAGCUAUCUAAUGCUUAUUAGCGUGUGCUGGUAGCAGUUGUAAAGCAACUCAGUGUGCAGUGUUACUGCGCCAUCGUAGACAUUUAAGUAUUUAUGAAAAUUGUAAUGCCAACUUGCAUAUCAAAAGGAUGGAUCCCAUUUGAUAGCAAGGCAGUGAUAUAACCAAGCUGCCAGAAACAUCAACUAGACAUGACCAAACUCUUUAAAUCAAAAGCUCUCACACUUUUAUACAGGGGGUUGAAAAAGGCAGUUUUAUGGUGUACUUUGACAGUAUUAGUAUGUUACCUUUAUAUUUUCUUUUCUGUGAAAAUGUUUUAACAGGGCUCGGGAUGACACAAUACUUUUUAACCUUUUACAGCGCUAUAUUGAAUUACAGAUUAACAUUACUAUAUAAAAAGCUUAUAUAUGCAAACUCUGCUGUUAAUAUAUUUUGUAAAACAUUACAUUUUCAAUAUAAUUCAAGCAACUGAAUCAAUAACAGGUGUUCAAGACAUAUAAAGGUCAAAGACAAUGUUUCCGUCAACAUUAUUCAGGCAACUGGAAGAUUUUAACACUACCUUGGAUACUGCAUAAUAUCUGACUUAUUAAUAUCUGGCUUGGCCUCACCACAUCACUUACCCCCCUAGCCCCCUCAACUAAAAGGACACUUAAGUGCCUGGCUUUGAUCGAAAAUUCACCAGUAUCUGAUUUUAUUACACUCAGCGUCUCCAGUCACUUGAAUUGAGCAAUUAAUGUUGAUUCAAUGCGGAAAAAAAACCCUGUUUAAAACCAGGUCCUGGAAAAUAUAGUCUUUCUUGCAUUUAAACCGAACAAGCAUUCUGAUUCAGUUGAGCACAACACUGCAAAACUUUUGGCUUCACGUGAACAAGUUUUGUUUUGGACAUACAAUUUCUGUCUAGCAAAUACGCUUGUUGCCCUAUGAGUUUUGCAGCUGAUAUUGAACAAAAAAUAUUUAAAUUGAAGGUUGGUUCUUUUUCCAUUUCGCAGAUCAUGUAUUUAUAGCAUUUUUACUUGAAACCUUUUUAAUGUUAUUCUCUUUGAAAUCAGUUAUCAUCAUAACAAAUAAGAUUUCCCAUAGUCCAUUGCUGCCAGCAUUACUUGUACUGACGACGAUCCUCCUUGGCAAUCUCUCGUGUGAUGCGUAUGAAUUCUAUUCAUGGGAUCGUCCCACGUUUACCUUCUCCAAGGGAUCUUCUAUCGUUCCUCCAUUACUCCCUCGGCAGCCUUGAUGCUGGGGGAUUCUCCUGCUCGAGACUCCUUUACCUCAUACUCUCAAUUCCUCACAACCGUUUGCAGUUAUGAAAAGACAUUUAUGAAGUGGAGUUCUGAAAAAGGUUAAAGAUAUUACUGAAUUUAACGUUUGCGGUUCUGAAAAGGGUUAAAGAUAUAAAGGAAUUUAUUGUUUGCAGUUCUGAAAAACUUUAAAGUUAUUACUGAAUUUAUCGUUUGCAGUUCCUAUAAAGGGUUAAAGAUAUUACUGAGCUGAACGUUUGCAGUUCUGAAAAGGGUUAAGGAUAUAACUGAAUUUAAAUACAAAAAAGACUCUAUGAAAGCUUUGGAUUUGAGCAGAUAUGUUUGUCUUUUUCUUUAUUUUUUUUACUACGUUUACUGCCUUAGGCUGUCUUAUGUAUUAGCACUAUACAGCAUUGUAUAAAUGAGCUUUGCAUUUAUGAAUUAUCAAAAUUCUCUAAGUCUGACGAUUUUCAAUUUGAAUGAGAGACUAAUGUCGUCUCUUCAGGAUUUUACAAAACAGUGAUGUUGAAAUUGUUGUUGAAAUGAGGCAUAUAAAAAUGAUUUAUAUGCCAUCCAUUGUGAAUAAUGAUACUGUAUGUACAAUCAGAAAUGUGAUUAUGAAUGCAAAGGAGAAAACAUUGUAUUUAUUUUAAAGCUAUUGAUAAUACUUUGAUAAUAAUGUAUAGAAAAAGAAAAGAAAAAUAGCUAUGUAAAGUAUACUGUGUAUAAACAAAUUUGUUCUAAGGGGGGGAUGGGCAUGGGGUUGAUUUAGUUCACAGCCAACUGUUUAAAUCGGAAUAUUGAUGAUUCUUGUCUGUGACGUAGACAAUGUUUCUGUUUUAUUAUUUUCUUUUUAUAUAUAAAAGGUAAAAUCAUCUGAAAAUAGUACGAUUGUGUUUGUGUUCUUUGUCUGUGUUUUCAUGAAAAGUUUGGAAAUGUCUUAAGAACUACUUAGAUCAGUCAAGACUUUAUUAAGUCAAUGGCCCUCUAUCAUACUGCUCUGGCAUAAGCCUUGCACGAGGGGCGCACGUCUUUAAUCUCAUAUACAGUCUCCAUAUUAUGUCUUCAAAUGGGUCAGUAGCAAUGUCCUAAGAAGUCAUUAUGCUUAAUUAGCCAACAGACCUGGCAACAGUUGCAAUGCGGCGUCAUGAA